GCUUUAAAUUUUCAGUGUUUGACAUAAUGUUUCGAGUGGUAGCAAUAUUGGUCUGCUUGGCAGUUGGUGCCUGGGCUGGUACUAUUGGCGUAGCACCUAAUCCUUUUGAGCGUGAGGGACGUAUUGUUGGCGGCGAGGACACUACAAUUAGAGCUCAUCCCUACCAAGUCUCCCUGCAAAAGAAAAGCGGUAGCCACUUCUGUGGAGGUAGUUUGAUUAACCACAAUACUGUGGUGACUGCAGCUCACUGUUUACAAGGUCAGAAGGCAUCCAAGAUUUGGGUGCGUUUGGGCUCAACGACCUACAAUGAAGGCGGAUUGCGUGUUGCCGUCGAGAGCCUAAUCUACAAUGAUAAGUACAGCAGCCAGACCCUGCAGUACGAUGUUGGACUACUCAGGCUUGCCGAGAGUGUUGCCGAGACAGAGGAUAUACGUUACAUCGAGCUGGCCAAGGUAACGCCACCAACAGGAACUGCUGCCGUUGUCACUGGUUGGGGCUCUAAGUGUUACUUCUGGUGUAUGACCUUGCCCAAGGUACUCCAAUCAGUAGUCGUUUAUAUCGUUCAGUGGAAGGAAUGUGCUUCAGAUACUUACAAAUAUGGGGACAUCGUAUUGGACACAAUGGUGUGCGCCUAUGAAAAGAAGAAGGAUGCUUGCCAGGGUGAUUCAGGAGGUCCAUUGGUUGCCAACAAUCAAUUGGUUGGUAUUGUUUCCUGGGGAUACGGAUGUGCUCAAACAUUGACGCCCGGUGUCUAUGCCGAUGUUGCAACCCUACGGGAUUGGAUUAUUGAGUACACUGAAAAAUUGUAGAAAUCUUUUCAAAUAAACGAAUACACAAGAAGACAAGCAAGAAAGCUAGUGUCGACUAUGCUGGACUGUGAGAUACGCGCUACCCAUUGUGGUAUUAUUGGUAUUAAUUAUAAAGUAUACUAAAUUAAUAUAUCUCAAAAUCACUGAAAAUAUACCAAAGGCUAUAUUUGGUAUAUUACUGGAGUACUUCAUUCAAAAUAUAGCAUCGAGUGCAAAAUAUACCAGAUUGUCAGCCAAAGCAA